AUUUGGUCCGGUCGUGCCGAGUGUUUUUGAAGGAAUGACUAACGAAGGAGUAGAUUUUGAUGUGAUGUUUGUUGAAGUUUCCCCAGUUCAAGAAAAAGAAGCCCUAACUCUCUUAGAAGAAACUUAUCAAGAAUACAAAGACUGGGAUGCUCGGGGUGAUUUGCCUCGCGAAGAAAUUUCUACUGCGGAAAUAGGGCUUGAUGAGUUAGUUGCGUUUGCUCAUG